AUGAAAGUAACUUGUCGUUGUAGCUCCAGCAAAGAUGAGCCCAGCACCAGUAGUAGAGCUUCAACAAAGCUCCGAAGAAUACCACCCGAGAGAGGUCUUCAGCAAUUACAAUUGACUGAGUAUAAAAAUGGUGAGAUUAUUGAAUUACGACAGCAGGAUUUUUUUAUUCUUCGAAAAGAACAAUUCGAAAAGACAUGGUGGUUUAGAGAUCCUCUAUUUCCAAAAGAAUUAUUUCUUAAUUCAGGAGAAGAAGCAUUAAGACCCAAGGAUAUUGUAAUGAAGCCACAAGAGCCUGUAUUAUUUAUUGAUAAUAAAAAACCAUUUCGGGUGAAGCAAGGAAGUCUAGGUGAUUGCUGGUUUAUCGUUGGGCUUGUGCAUCUUGAAUAUUAUCCGAAUUUAUUUAAAUUCAUUGUCUCGCCAUACGAGCAAACAUUCGAUGUUAACAUUUAUGCUGGAAUAUUUCACUUCAGAUUUUGGCAAGCUGGAAUAUGGGUUGACGUUGUCAUUGAUGAUCGUCUUCCAACUGAGGAAGAAGAACUAGUUUAUGCAUCCUCAGGAUAUCCCAACGAGUUUUGGCCAGCAUUAAUUGAAAAAGCCUACGCAAAAUUAAUGUAUCGAUCAUACAAAAAACUCGAUGGUGGUUUUUCUAGAAUAUCAAUGCAAGAUUUAUCAGGUGGUAUAUCUGAAACAUACAUUGUAAAAGCUACAUCGAAAAUUUUAUUUAAAAUUAUUCAAGAUGCAAAAGAUAGAUCUACAAUGAUAAGUUGUGGGACUCGCAAUGAAAACAAAUUUAAAAAACUGUUUGGAAAAAGUGUAUUUAAUAUUGGACCAGGUCAUUCUUAUGCUGUGACAUCUGUAAAAAUAGUAAAAGGAGAUAAAGCUGGUAUUAUCGGUGAAUUUAGACUCAUACGUAUUCGCGAUCCAUAUGGUGAAAAAUCUGUGGAUCUCCAUCACGGUAAUAUCAAAGAUUUAUUUACCGAGGCUACUCUUGCAUCGAAAUUAGAUACUGAAAUUGAUGAAGAAAGUUGGAUACUAUAUGAUGAUUUUGUUAAAUAUUUUUCAUACGUUGAAAUUUGUAAUUUGACACCCAAUCAAAUAACUAACCAUGUUUAUUCAAAUACUGGAAAAAAAUUGGCGUUAUCAGCAAUUGAAGGAAAAUUCAUGGGAGCAGUAACUUCGGAGCAAGUAGCAUACAAUGAUUUUUUCACAAUUAAUCCACAGUAUCGUAUGGUAUUGACAAAGUCAGACGAAGUUCUUAUUGGUGUGUCAUUAAAACGUAGACAUGAUGUAGAAAAAAUUUCAAUUAGUAGAAUAUUCUUUGAAAUAAUAUCAUUUGAUGGUGAUGAUACAACGAGAGUACCACAACCACUGUUUACUAGUUUUAUUGAACCUCAUAAAUUUGGUCCAUUCAAAUCUAGGGGACAAGUAGGUAAACGCAUUGAUUUGGAACCUGAAAAAAUACAAAAAUAUUCACCAAUUGAAAAUGGUGAAAAUUUGAAUAAAGUUUACCAUAAAAUGUUUGAUCAAUUAUGGAAGAACAAACAAGAAAAAAAAUAUAAAAGACAAGCUGAUGAACCUGCUGACAAUGAAAGGUCAUUUAAAAAAAUAAAGAUAUAA